UUCAUUCGCUCGGAUUUUGCGAUGAUGAUCAGACUUCAACAGCUAAAGAUCUUGUACAGGCCGCGGCGUCGUCUUACCAUCUUAGGACGCUCGUUAAUUCUCCUCUCAUUGGAACUCGCAGCCAAUGCUGCGUGCUGGAUUGUUGCUGGAAUUUUAUUUGCGAGGAAGCAGAGCACUCGGCCGAUAUUGAGUCUGGCUCUUCUUGCAUGGACUAUUGGCCUCCGGCAUGCUCUUGAUGCAGAUCAUAUCAGUGCUAUCGACAACGCCACGCGUAGUUUGAUUAGCAUGGGACAACUCCCCGUAACAUGUGGCCUCUUUUUCUCUUUGGGUCACAGUACGAUAGUCAUUGCCGUGAAUGUGGCUAUAGCGAUCAGCACCAGCGUGUAUGACCAUAUAGAUGGAGUAGGCAAUGUCGGGGGCAUAGUGGGAACUGCCAUCAGUGCCUCGUUUCUCUUUAUUGUCGGGCUGGCGAACAGUAUUAUCCUUUGGCGUGUACUUGCCAAACGUCGCCAAAUGAAGAAGGAAAGGCAGAUUCGCAUUGAAAGAGGCGAAGACCCAUCUGUUGUGGAUCAAGACUUCGAGCAGAGAGAAUCUAAGAGCCACGGAAACACGUUGAUGAUGAAGCUUCUCGGCCCUAUUGUGACAUUUGUCAAUCGGCCGUGGAAGAUGUAUCCUGUCGGAGUCCUCUUUGGCUUUGGGUUUGACACCGCAUCCAGCAUUGCGCUCCUUGCAGUCUCCGCCAUCGCCAAAAAGGAUUCUAACGGAAAUCAAAUCCCACCAGGGGAUGUAGUCAUCUUGCCCCUGUUGUUCACCACCGGGAUGACGCUAAUUGACUCUGUAGAUUCCAUCAUCAUGCUGUACUCUUAUUCGGGCUUCCCUGACCGUAGUUUCGCGCUCGUCGAGAAUGUGCCCUCUCUAGAGUCUUCCCUAGAGACUGCGCGGCUCGGGUCUGGCGACUUAGAAAGCCCAGUCUCCCCUGGAGCGAAGACACCACCGAUAUAUGCCGACAUUGUCUCUGUACCGGCAUCGCCAGCCAUCAAGACGCCCUCGCCGGCUGCCAGCCUACAGAUUCUUCCUCGCACGGAUUCUGCAGAGGUGCUCACCGAUACCGCGAUCGCGAAAGGCCUGCACGAUGACAACAACGACAGCCAGAACAAUGAGCGUCAGCGGCAGAUGCGUGUGAAGCAGAACGCGAUGUCAGGACUGAGCAUCUUACUUACGCUCAUGAGCAUCCUCGUCGCCUUCGCGAUUUCGCUCAUUGAGAUCAUGGGCCUCAUCAGCGACAAUUGCAAGUCCUGCCAGGACGCAAAAGAUGCAUCCAAUGGCGGCGGCCUCGCCGGCAGAUGGUGGCGUGGCUGGGACGCGGCCAACAACAUUUCCGGCUAUAUAGGCGCGGCGAUCGUGGGGUCGUUCGUUGCUGUGGUAGGAAUAUGGUAUGGAUCCAAGUACGCGUGGCGUAGGUCGCGAAAGGGGCAUCUGGAGAUUUAGGGGACAGAAGCGUGUUGGCGAAGGAACAGAAAUACGGAAGAAUACUUGAAAUGUGCUAGAACCUGGAAAGUAUCCUUCAUGGUCUGAAUGAGCAUGGUGGCGUCCGGCAUGUCUAGUCUGGCACGCCGCUUUCCUGGUGCUGCUCGCAGCUCGUCUUUCCCUCCACUACACCAUCAGCGUCACUCUUUCUCCUCCUAGUCUUUCAAGGCACCACAUUUCGUGGAUGUCUGCAACAGGAUCCUGAGAGCUCUUCGG